AUGGAUCAGUUAAAAGGAAUUAGCUGUCCAAAGCAUCCCGGAUUCUAUACCUUCAGGAAAGAAUUUUGCUUCAAUGAUUGGUCUGCUUUUGAUAGUAACGGUGACUGUCAAAUUGAUUUCUUCCAAGGUGACAAAUUUUCCGACUAUCGAUCAGCACUUUCUUCCUUACAGCAAAUUGGAUAUGGCACCGUGGUUGCAAAACUACGUUUGGCAGCAAAUGCAACAAGUGAAAUUGCUGAGAGAAAGCGAAUCAAAGAGGCGUUAAUUGAAGAAGCCAUACGAAAGGAGUUAGAAGAAAGAAGGAGAACUUGGAAUAUUGGUAACGAACAGUUCGAAAAAUUUCGACUGUGGUACACCAAUUAUCGCAAAGAUACAUGGCAUAGAGAAGAAUAUUUACCAUGGCUAUUGUAUGAAAACGAAAUUUCAUGCAUACGGCUCACUUUCGACGUCUGUGAACGAAUCCCGAAACGAAGCCCAUUCACUGGUCAAUUAACAUGCUUUUAG